AUGCCUAUGCCGACGCUGCCUUCAAACGGUGCGGAGACGCCCCGUCCCAAAAUCCUGGUUCCCGAAAAGCUCUCUCCAGACGGACUUGCCCUGCUUCAAGAGAACUUCGAGGUGCACGAACGGAAGGGCUUGUCUCCAGAUCAGCUCAAAGAGAUAAUCCCGGAUUACCAAGCUUUGAUCGUGCGCUCCGAGACGAAGGUCACCGCCGAUCUGUUGUCAGUUGCAACAAAGCUCAAGGUUGUUGCCAGGGCUGGCGUUGGUGUUGACAAUGUAGACGUUGAAAGCGCAACGAAGCAUGGUGUCAUCGUCGUCAACAGCCCGAGCGGCAAUAUUGGUGCCGCUGCGGAGCAUACCAUUGCCUUGAUGAUGGCCGUGGCUCGUAAUAUCGGUGAUGCUUGCGCAAGCCUUAAGGCGGGCAAGUGGGAACGCAGCAGACUUGUUGGUAUCGAACUGAAGGGCAAGACUCUAGCUAUCGUAGGAGCGGGCAAAGUUGGAAUUACCGUUGCCCGGAUCGCCAACGGGUUUGGCAUGAAGGUCAUAGCCUACGAUCCAUACGCCAAUGCUCAGAUAGCAGCGGCGGCAUCCGUCGAGCUCAAGGACAGCUUGGAUGAGCUGCUCACUGCUGCCGACUUCUUCACCAUCCACACGCCUCUGAUAGCCUCGACCAAGGGAAUGAUCGGCACGAAGGAGCUUUCCAGGAUGAAGCCCACCGCACGUCUCCUGAACGUCGCCCGCGGCGGCGUCAUCGACGAAGCGGCGCUGCUCUCAGCCCUCGAAGCCGGCACCGUUGCCGGCGCAGCCAUCGACGUCUUCACCACCGAACCGCCUGCACCAGGCUCUCCAGCAGCCCAGCUAGUCGCGCACCCAAAGGUGGUCGCGACGCCGCAUCUCGGCGCCUCAACAGUCGAAGCCCAAGAAAACGUCUCCAUCGACGUGUGCGAACAAGUCACGGCCAUCCUCGCCGGCGACCUCCCCCGCAGCGCCGUCAACGCGCCCCUCAUCCUUCCGGAGGAAUACCGCACCCUCCAGCCCUUCGUCACGCUCGUCGAGAGGAUGGGGUCUCUGUACACGCAGCACUACAGCGCGCAGCAACGCCGCCACCACGCCUCGUCGUCGUCGUCGUCAUCCUUCCGCACCACCUUCGAGCUCACCUACCACGGCCACCUCGCGACGCUCAACACCACCAAACCCCUCUUCGCCGCCCUCAUCAAGGGCCUCCUCGGCCCCAUCACCGAACAAGGCAGCGGCGGCCCCAACGUCAACAUCGUCAACGCCGAGCUCGUCGCCAAGGAACGCGGCAUCCUGAUCAACGAGCGCCGCGCCCGCGCCGACGACGACGAAGGCGAAGCGAGCUCCGGCUUCGCCAGCAGCAUCACCCUGCGCGCGCGGCCCUCGCGCCGCGCCUCGUCCGUGUCCCACAGCGGCGGCGUGAGGCCGAGCUUCACGCGCGGCAAUACGGGCGGUGGGGGGCAGCAGCAGCAGCAGCAGCAUCGCAGAGCUGACAGCGCCAUCACCGACGAGCCGGGAUCAGACGCGGUCGGUGCCGACGACCAAGUCAUCCAGGGCUUCGUGUCGGCGAACACGCCGCACAUCUCGCGCCUCGACCGCUUCGCGACGGCGGCGAACUUCGUGCCCAAGGGGACCAUGCUGAUCUGUCGCAAUUUCGACAGUUGCGGCAAGAUUGGCUUCGUGGGGAACAGGCUCGGCGCUGCCGGGGUCAAUAUAUCGAGCAUGAUCGUCGCGCCGUUGGUGCAGCAGCAGGAGGGAGAGAAGAAGGGAGGGGCGGGGGAGGGUGGAGGGGAGGAGGCGGCGAGUGAGGCGUUGAUGAUUUUGGGCGUGGAUGGGCCGGUGGGGGAGGAGGUGGUGAGGAGUUUGAUUGGGGGCGAGGGCGUGUUGGAGGCGAGUGUUGUGACGUUUUGA